GAGCCUGGAUCCUCAAGGAACAAGCAGACCUAGCUGCGGGGAGUGGGGAGGAACGGGGCGUCUAUUGGGCAACAGGGCGGGGCAAAGGCCUGAAUAAAGGGGCGCAGGGCAGGCGCAGGUGGCAGAGCCUUCGUUUGCCAAGUCACCUCCGGACCGCAGACAUGAAGCUUGUCUUCCCCGCCCUGCUGUUCCUCGGGGCCCUCGGACUGUGUCUGGCUGCCCCUAGGGGGAGCGUUCGAUGGUGCACCGUAUCCAAACCUGAGGCCACAAAAUGCAUCCAAUGGCAAAGGAACCUGAGAAAAGUGGGUGGUCCUCCUGUCAGCUGCAUAAAGAGAACCUCCCCAACCCAGUGUAUGGAAGCCAUUGCGACAAACAAGGCUGAUGCUGUGACCCUUGAUGGUGGUUUGAUAUAUGAGGCAGGCCAGGCCCCCUACCUACUGCGACCGGUAGCAGCAGAAGUCUACGGGAGCGAAGCACAGCCACGAACCCACUAUUACGCUGUGGCUGUGGUGAAGAAGGGCGGCCGCUUUCAGCUGAACCAACUGCAAGGUCUGAAGUCCUGCCACACAGGCCUUCGCAGGACCGCUGGGUGGAACGUCCCUAUAGGGACGAUUCGUCCAUUCUUAGACUGGUCAGGUCCACCUGAGCGCAUUGAGGCAGCUGUGGCCAGGUUCUUCUCAGCCAGCUGUGUUCCUGGUGCGGAUGAAAAACAGUUCCCCAACCUGUGUCGCCUGUGUGUGGGGACAGGAGCAAACAAAUGUGCCUUCUCCUCCAAGGAACCGUACUUCAGCUACUCUGGGGCCUUCAAGUGUCUGAGGGAUGGGGCUGGAGACGUGGCUUUUAUCAGGGAGAGCACAGUGUUUGAGGACCUGCCAAGCCAGGCUGAAAGGGACGAGUAUGAGCUGCUCUGCCCAGACAACACUCGGAAGCCAGUGGACAAGUUCGAGGAGUGCCACCUGGCCCGAGUCCCUUCUCAUGCCGUUGUGGCACGAAGUGUGAAUGGCAAGGAGGAUGCCAUCUGGGAGCUCCUCCGCCAGUCUCAGGAAAAGUUUGGAAAGGACAAGUCACCGGCAUUCCGGCUCUUUGGCUCCCCUAGCGGGGAGAAGGAUCUGCUGUUCAAGGACUCCGCCGUCGGGUUUUCCAGGGUCCCUGCGAGGAUAGAUUCUGGGCUGUACCUUGGCUCCGGCUACUUCACCGCCAUCCAGAACUUGAAGAAAAGCAAGGAGGAGGUGGCUGCCCGGAAUGCACGGGUUGUGUGGUGUGCGGUGGGCGACCAGGAGCAGCGCAAAUGUAGCCACUGGAGCAGCCUGAGCGAAGGCAGCGUGACCUGCUCCUCGGCCUCUACCGCGGAGGACUGCAUCGCCCUGGUGCUGAAAGGAGAAGCUGAUGCCAUGAGUUUGGAUGGAGGAUUUGUCUACACUGCAGGCAAAUGUGGUUUGGUGCCUGUCCUGGCGGAGAACUACAAAUCUCCAAAAAGCAGUGAACCUGAUCCUAAUUGUGUGGAUAGACCUGUGGAAGGAUACCUUGCUGUGGCGGUGGUUAGGAAAUCUGAUGCUGGACUUACCUGGAACUCUCUGAAAGGCACAAAGUCCUGCCACACCGCCGUGGACAGGACUGCGGGCUGGAACAUUCCCAUAGGCUUGCUCUUCAACCAGACGGGCUCCUGCAAAUUUGAUGAAUACUUCAGUCAAAGCUGUGCCCCUGGGGCUGACCCGAAAUCUAAUCUCUGUGCUCUGUGUGUUGGCAAUGAGCAGGGUGAGAAUAAGUGUGCGCCCAACAGCAAUGAGAGAUACUAUGGCUACGACGGGGCUUUCCGGUGCCUGGCUGAGAAUGCUGGGGAUGUUGCCUUCGUGAAAGAUACCACUGUCUUGCAGAACACCAAUGGAAAGAACACUGAAGCGUGGGCUAAGGAUUUGAAGCUGGAGAACUUUGAGCUGCUGUGCCUCGAUGGUACCCGGAAGCCUGUGACGGAGGCUAAGAGCUGCCAUCUUGCCAUGGCCCCAAAUCAUGCCGUGGUGUCUCGGACGGAUAAGGUGGAACGCCUGAAACAGGUGCUGUUCCAGCAACAGGCUAAAUUUGGAACAAAUGGAUCUGACUGCCCAGACAAGUUUUGCUUAUUCCGGUCUGAAACCAAAAACCUUCUAUUCAAUGAUAACACUGAGUGUCUGGCCGGACUCCAGGGCAAAACAACAUAUGAAAAAUAUUUGGGACCACAGUAUGUCACAGCCAUUAAUAAUCUGAAAAAGUGCUCAACCUCCCCCCUCCUGGAAGCCUGCGCGUUCCUUAGGAAGUAAAACCCCAGAAGACGGCCCAGCCUCCCUGAGAAAGCCUCAGCCAUCCGCUGCUCUCAGCCCCUCUCUCCGGGUGUGCUGGGGCCUGGCCUCCUCCGCUGAGGGUGGGGAUGGCCCGACCAUCUGCUCACAGUUCCCUGCUGUCGUCUUGGCAAGAAAUAAAAUGAGAAAUAGCGUUGAUAGUCUCCCCUUA